AUGGCGCGGGUAGAAGUGCACCACCUCCACCCUACCAACUGGGAAUCAGACCCAGAAGAAGAAAUCUUCCCCCUCUCCACGCUGGACUACCUCUCGGGCCAGAUCUGGUGCAACUACGUCCUCUUCUUCAAGCUCCCCUCCGCCACCCCAGACUCCCAGUCCGAGCUCAUCACAGUACUCAAGGCCGGCCUCGAAAGGACCCUCUCCCAGGUUCGCCAGCUACCCGGCGUCCUCACAAAACACCCCUCCGGCUCCGGGCUCUGCUGGCACAAGAAGAGAGAAGACACCGUCGAGUUCCACGUCCAAUGGCUUGACAACGCCGCCGCCACCGGCAAGAACAAGAAGUAUCCCACCUUCGCGGACCUCGAGAAGCAGCACUUCUCCUCAAAAGCCCUCGGGGACCCCAAAACGUGGUCCGUCCACCCCUUCAAGGGCGGCCAGUGCCCGGAAUCCCACUGGACGAGCCGGCCCAAGGCCGCCGCCUACAAGGCCACCUUCAUCCCCGGCGGCAUGGUCUUCAUGAUGCACCACCACCACUUCUCGGGCGACAUCAUGGCCUGGUCCGGCCAGCUGCACCAGCUCGCCGAGAACUGCAACGCCAUCUGGGCCGCCCGCGGCACCGGCUCCGCGCCCAAGUUCCCCGCCUGGGACCCCGCCUGCCUCGACUUCUCCCUCACCACGAAGCCCGACCUUCCGGCGUCGCAACAGGUCGACGGCCCCAGCGCGGCGCCCGAGCGGAACGCCGCGUACCGCCCGUCGAAGCGGCUGCUCUUCCACCUGCCCAAGAGCAAGAUGGCGAAGCUCAAGAAGCUCGCCGCCCCGCCGGACGAAGACGGCGAGGGCAGGUGGAUCUCGAGCUACGACGCGUACACGGCACACAUCUGGCGCGUGCUUUCGAAGCACAAGGCGGCGCUGUACGAGCCGGACCUGAAGGAGGCGCUGAUCUGGGGCGAGGCGGUGAAUAUGCGCCCGCGGUUCCGGGACCCGGUCGUGCCGGCGCGGAUCCAGAGUAACUUCAUGUCGGUGGCGGUUAGCUUCCAGAGCGUGGUGCCGACGAUGAGCGGCGAGGAGGUAAUUUCCUCGGCGCCGUUUUGGAAAUUAGCAUGGUACAUCCGCCAGCUCACCAACACGGUAACACAAGACUACGUCAACGCGAUGCUGGCCUCGCUCGCGCCGAUCCGCGACAAGACGACGCUCUUCAUCCGCGGCGACGCCUUCCACCCGAUGACGACGCUCUUCACGGACUGGCGCGACACGCGGCCGUGCGAGGCGGACUUCGGCUUCGGCGCGCCGUACGCGUUCCGCUGGCUGUUCGAGAGCGUGCAGACGGGCAUGUUCGUAACCUACCCGGCGCGCGUCAACGGGGCGCCUGCGGGCGCGGACGAGGGCACCGAGUUCAGCCUGCCGGUCGAGCGGGAGGUGGCCGCGGCGCUGCUGGCGGACCCGGAGUGGAGCGAGUACUUUGAGUACCGCGGGGUUGAGAACGAUGUCGAUGAUGUGGAGGGCGCCGAAGAGGAAGAGGAGGAGGAGGAGGCGGUGGCGGAGGUGGUGAGGGACAGGUUGAGCAAGGUGGAGAGGGAUACGGUCGUGGUGGUCAGGGUCGUGGCGGCGCGGUGUCGCAAUGCUUCUGUCCGCGUGCGGGAUGUUUGUGGCUGGCUGGUUACGGUGUUCAGGAGGGUCAUGACGAAAGGAUUGUGA